GUUUACUGUUCAAGCAAUUGACUAUUAAAUUUUACUGGCUUUUUAUGUGAUUAUGCGUUAUGGGAAGCAAAAACAUAGCAAAGCGAAUGCGGAAAUCUGGUUGUUUUGCUAUAAAAGCAGUGGGUAUGAUUUCAAUUAAUCACAACACCUGAUCGUCCAAUUCCAGUCGUAUCGAAAAAUCUAAUCUUAUUUCAAAAUGAAGUACCUUUUCGUGGUUGCCCUUAUUGCCCUGGCCAUCCAGGUGGCUUCCUCUGCUACAACUACAACAACUGAUGCCACUACCACAACCUCUGCGGCAACAACAACCACUGCAGCUUCAACAACGACGACAACCGCCUCUUCCACCCACAAAAAGCGUUGUUGGAGGGGCAACAACUGGUGCCACACUCGCAUCCCCAAGAGGAAGUGCAAGAACCCAAGGAGAUGCCACAAGACCGUCGUGAUUGUGACCCACAGGAAGAACUAGUUCCGACACUUUCCAUGAAAUCCAAAUCAAAAUAAAUACUAAAUAUUAAAAAAGGACUUUGGGUCGUACGGGAUUGAUAACAGUUUUAUUAGACAGCAGAUAACAUGCCAGUGCUGAUUAGGUUGUGGGCACAUCUCUAGAACAGCCACAUCUGCUCUCCGCAGACGCACUGACGCACCUUCCGCUCGAGCUCGCGCAUAAUGUUGAUCAGAUUUGUGCAGAGGGGAACACGUUCUUCACACCCAGUACACGACUUGCCACCA